AUGGCGACACGCAGACCAGCGUCCUCCCGCGCUCGCCUUAAUACCGCAACCAAUCCGAUGCCACCUCCACAACAACAGCGACCAAGGUCAGUCCUCGCAAGGCCCGCAAGCCGCAUCGGAGAGGAUUCAUUGCAAAGUUCUUCCGGAUCGUCAUCAAGCCAGCAACCACAUAAGAGUCAACAAGAAGGGGAUACACACAUUCAGGUCAUUCUACGAUGUCGAGGACGUUCAGAGCGAGAGAUUCAAGAGAAUUCUCCAGGCAUUGUCCAGAUUGAAGGAGCGAAAGCGAAAGACCUGACAAUUGAGACGACUGCCCCGGUUUCGAGUCUGGGAACAGUUACCCUAGCUCCUACACGAACAUAUCCUUUUGAUUUGGUAUUUGGGCCGGAGGCGACGCAGAGCAUGAUUUAUCACGAUGUUGUUGGUCCUAUGCUGAACGAGGUUUUGCUGGGUUAUAACUGCACUCUGUUUGCAUACGGUCAAACAGGAACGGGAAAGACUUACACAAUGCAAGGGGAUCUGGCACCGACACCCAUGGGGAAUCCCUCAUCUCAUGCUGGAAUCAUUCCCCGAGUUCUUUUCCGGCUAUUCCACGAAUUGGAAAAGUCGUCUACCGAUUUCAUGGUCAAAGUCUCCUACAUUGAACUUUACAACGAAGAGCUACGCGACCUGCUGGCCAACGACGCCGCGGCGAACAACGGAGCAAAAGACAAGGGUCCUGACGGAGGACUGAAGAUAUUUGACGAUGCAAACAAACGAGGUGUCUUCAUUCAAGGCGUGGAAGAGAUCGCUGUAAAGGACUCUAAGGACGCCCUUGCCCUCCUUACGAAAGGCAGUGAGCGAAGACAAAUCGCCGCGACGAAAUUCAACGACCAUUCGAGUCGUUCGCAUUCAGUGUUGUCCCUUACUGUUCACCUCAAGGAAAAGACGACUAUGGGAGACGACUUGCUCAAGGUCGGCAAGUUGAAUCUGGUGGAUUUGGCUGGUUCAGAGAAUAUCGGCAGGUCAGGGGCAGAAAACAAGAGGGCACGGGAAGCUGGAAUGAUCAACCAAAGUCUUCUUACUCUGGGACGCGUUAUCAAUGCUCUUGUCGACAAGGCUCAGCACGUCCCGUAUCGUGAGUCCAAGCUCACUCGUAUCCUCCAAGACUCGUUAGGCGGCCGAACGAAGACCUGUAUCAUUGCCACAAUAUCACCUGCACGGUCCAACCUCGAAGAAACCCUUUCCACACUCGACUACGCCCUCCGCGCCAAAUCUAUCAGAAACAAGCCCGAGCUCAACCAACGCAUGACCCGAAACUCCCUUCUCAAAGAAUACGUCGCAGAAAUCGAGCGCCUGAAGGCCGACGUACUUGCGGCACGAGAAAAGAAUGGCAUAUACUUCGCGGAGGAAACCUGGAUGCAACUUGAAGCGGAACGCGAACUGAGGGAGACUGAAUUGUCCGAGGCGAAGAAACAGGUCCAGAUUAUCGAGAACCAGAUGAGGGCAGUGCGAGAUGAAUUCGACCAGAGCAUCGCGGUUCUGAAGCGGAGGGAAGAAGAGCUGAAGCACACCAGAGGACAGCUGGCGCAUACAGAAAACACUCUUCGUCAAAGAGAACAGGAGCUUCAGCAAAUGGCGACAGCGUAUGAGGAGGAAGUUAUCGUCCGUCGAGCGUAUGAAAACACCGAGGCGCAGCUGAAUGUUGUUGCCAGCGAUCUGAGGGAUGUUGCCGCACAGAGCGUACAAGACCUUGGUGGUGUUUUCGAGAAACUGGAUCGAAAGAACAAGGUCCACUUAUCGAAUAAGCGCGUGGUCUCAGAGAACGAAAGGCUCAUCAGCGCGGUUACCGAGUCGCUCAUGAAGCAGCUUUCUGAGCUCAGCCAACUCCUACAUGCAACCAGGUCGAAUAUGGAGAGCGAAACAGAACAAUUCCGGUCUUCCCAACAGACAGCACUGUCAAACCACAUCCGAGAAAUUGACGAUCACUUUGAGAAAGCGCACGAGCUUUUCCAACAAAUCGACACUGAAUGCAAAGCCGAGGAUAAAGCGUUGGACAUUAUCAAACGCGAGGUCCAAUCUGCAGGCGCGGCUUUCAGGUCAGAGGUCUCUUCUUGGGGCGAGAAACUGAAGUCUACAAGUACCCGAAUGUGUGAAGAGACCCUCAAAGUGACCAUCGAGCAGGUUGCCCUCCUGGAACAAUCGCUUUCCACGCUGCAUUCAUUAGGUAGCAAUCUCUCCAGGGACGUACGUUCCUAUCUUGCGGAUGAGCGGAAGACUUUCGCAGAAAUGCAGGCCUUAGCUAAAGAACUGGCAGCCAAGGAGACAUCACGCCUCAAGCAACAGAACGAACUCCUCGCCCGAAUGCUUGUUGAACAGCGGCAAGAAGCGGAGAAGGCGAAAGACGAGAUGCUGCAACGUGUGUCUGGGCUGCUUGGCGACUUCAUGCAGAAGAGGGAUGAAUCGCUGAGGGCAUCCAUUGACAAUCUGCAGUGCAGCAACAAGGAGGUGGAGGACCUGCUUAACUCGACUUAUCGACGACAAACCGAGGCGCACGACGGAAUGGCAGAGAAGAACAGCAACAUGGAUCGACGUGUGCAGAAACUGAGCGCCGAAGGGAAUGAUGCGAAAACAAGUUCACUCAAGGUUGUCGGAAAGACGAAAGAUGUCAUUAAGACCAGCAUGAACGGCAUCCAGAGUACAGUGUCAAGUUCGAUCGCAACAUAUUCGACAUGGGUCCACAAAAAGACGCAAGGGAUCGAGGAAUCUUCUGACAAUGCUUUCGAGGAACAUUCACGAGCUAAGCGCGCAAGGAUCGAAGCCACGAAUGGAGUAUACGCAACUCUUGAAGAGCUUCACUCCAAAGAACAGGAAUUGCUUACAGCCAGUUCCAAGGGAGUGGAGGCGCAUUCGAAACAAUCGCUGUCUUGGAUCGGCAAGCAAGUGAAGGGUGCCAAAGAGUACGAAGUCGCCGCCACCAAGAAUCUCGAAUCCAUUGAGCAUGCAGCUUCGAACCUCGCCAGUAAAGGCAUCAAGGACGACACACCUACAGGCGCUACGCCGCGCAAGCGGAAAUGGCAGUAUACUCACGAAUGGUCAUUGACGCGGAGUCGAGAGGAACUGUUAGGCGCAUUGAGGCAACAGCAGGUGUCCGACCAGGACGAAGAGAUGCGGGAGGAGUCACAAGAUCGUGAAGUGGAGAAUGAUGCGCCAGCGCAGGAGAUGCUGGAGAGCAGCAAAGCGAGCACACCAACGCUCGAGGUUCCUCCCGCCGCCCCACUGGUAGAGUCAAGACGGAGAAAUCAUGUCUCCACGAUCCCUAGUCGCUCGUCCCGUCGGGCAAGAUAG